UAGAUGUACUCUUAAAUGAGGACUUGUUUCAAUUUUCAGGUUGUGCUUCCAUCAGCAAAAACUGUUGCAGAUUUACAGCCAAAGUUUGAUGCAAUCCAAAAAUGUCCAGGGUCUAGGGGAGUGAUUGUAACAGGGAUUGCUCCUCCAGAGUCUGAAUAUGAUUUUUACAGUAGAUUCUUCUGCCCUAAAUAUGGGAUUGAUGAAGAUCCUGUUUGUGGGAGCGCACAUUGUGCCUUAGCAUCAUACUGGUGCAAAAAACUGGGGAAGUCUGAUGUUUUUGCAUAUGCGGCAUCCCGUCGAGGCGGAGCAGUAAGCAUGCAUCUAGAUGAGCAGAAUCAAAGGGUGCUGCUGCGAGGGAAAGCUGUUACUGUCAUGGAAGGAACUGUCUUAGUUUGAAGUUUGCCAAGUACAAAAAUUUGAAGUAAAUGACUCAAUUGGUGGAAGACAAAACAAAACCCCCCAUUACAUUUGAAUAAAUAUUAAUAUUCGAGCUAUUUGUUUUGAUUAUUGUGAACCAGCAUUCUGUAUUCUCCAUCUUGGCAUCUUGAAAGGUUAAAUAUGGUAAUUCAAAGCAAACAAAUCUUCUGACUGGAUUUUAGCCAUUUGUUGGGAUUCAAAUCCUUCCCUCUUUAUG